AUGGCUCCCAGUCAGAUUCUCCCCAAACCCCAAGGGACACCGCCAACACCGGCCAUUGUCGCGCCGGACGACAACCACGGCGAACCCUCAUUCCAAUUCACUUGCGACGACUACGACGGCGAUAACGACCAAGCUCACCAUCACGAUCACGAUCAGGACGAGCAUAUCAUUGAACUGUCAGCCGCGAAUCCCCCGGAGCGCAAACAUUCUCUUAGCCCGGCUACCCUCCUCCACCCCCACCACUCGCCUUCGUUGCGUCCACCGGCCCUCGAGUCUACCUUCGCCAUGGCCACCGAGGGUGGGCUUGUCGAUGGGGGCUCAAAUGGGCCUACCCCGAAGAACCCGUUCAACUUUCAAACCCAAUUUAUCUCCUCGGGCCCGGUCAAGCCAAACAUUGGACAACGACGAGGCCACCGUUACAAACACAGCUCGAUAAGCGCACAGCACCAGAUCUUCCAAGAACCACCUCCGCGACCGCCUCCCGUACUACCGGCCUCCCUCCCCAUACCAACACUUAGAGAGGCAUGGGCUAGCAUGCAGCGCGGCCAGCGCGCCCGCCUCUGGUGGUGCUGUUGCCACGCGGCCAUCGCCAUGUACGUCUUUUUCGGCGCCGAAGGCUCCCUCGCCAUGACGGCGUUGUCGCACCUUGUCUUCUUUGACGUCGGGUCGGCUGCCGUGUGCGUUGCGGUCGACGUGCUGGGCAACUUUGAAGUCUGGCGGCGCUCCAGCAUCCGCCAUCCCUUCGGCCUGCAGCGCGCCGAGGUGCUCGCGGGCUUCGCCAUGUCCGUCUUCCUCGUCUUUGGCGGCUUCGACCUCAUCUCGCACAACCUCAAACACUUUCUCGAGACCGUCGGCGACCACGCCCCGCACCACCCUCCCACCACCUCACACGCCAGCAGCGGCGAAGCCCCAUUGGACAGCCACGGCCACACCCACGGCGUGCGCUACAUAACCCCCGGCACUGUCGACUUCACCUGCCUAGCAGCAGUAGUAAGCACGCUCGUCAGCGCGUACGGGCUGCGCAACCACGGGCGGAUCCGGCGGGUGAUGCGGGUGCCCUUCCCCUACCUGGCACGGCUCCUACCCGGGGCCGGGAUCCUCGCCAACCCCUUCCACUUCCUCACCCUCUGCUUCUCCUUCCUGAUGCUCCUCCUCCCCCUCCUCAGCGUACCCCACCUCGUCUGGCUCGACCGCCUCCUCUGCGCGGCCAUCGCCGCCAGCAUGUUCGUCCUCGGCACCCGCCUCGCCGUCGCCCAGGGCCUCAUGCUGCUCAUGAGCUACAGCGAGCUGUCCGCCUCCCCAGCCACCGCUGCCGCCACCAACACCAACCCCAAAAACAACCCCAACAGGAACACCACCAAAUCCACCCUCAUUUCCAGCAACAACACGAAACCCCACAAACCCGACACCGACACCGCGACCGUCUCCUCCGUGGUCCGCGAAAUCGAGUCCGAGCCGCACGUCGCGCGCGUCGAGGAGGCCCAGUUCUGGCAGGUGCACUACGGGCUGGGGAUGGCCAACCUCAAGGUGCGGGUGGUCGGGGGCAGCGGCAAGGGAGGAGGGAUUGGGGGGAACAGUGGGGUGAGCAGCCUCGGGGGGGCAGACGAUGACGGGGCGCUGAGCCAGCUGCGGGUGCGGCUGGCACGGGUGGUGCAGAAUCGGCUUGGGGAGGGGUAUGGGCGGGGAGGGAACCUGCGGUGGGAGGUUACGGUGCAGACGUGUAGUGAUGGGUAG